AGACAAUGGAAAGCCAAAAUGAUGACUUGGAGCUUCCAUUAUUUGACCUACAUACAAUAGAUACUGCCACUAAUUAUUUUUCAGAGAAUAAUAAACUUGGAGAGGGUGGUUUUGGACCUGUAUACAAAGGUACGUUGGAAGGAGGCCAAGAAAUUGCUGUGAAGAGGCUAUCAAUGUCUUCUGGACAAGGAGUCGAUGAGUUCAAAAAUGAAAUUAAGUUAAUUGCUAAGCUUCAACAUCGAAAUCUUGUAAAGAUAUUUGGUUAUUGCAUUGAUAGGGAAAUGAAACUAUUGAUUUAUGAGUACAUGUCCAACAAAAGCCUUGACUAUUUCAUUUUUGAAGCCAACAUUUGUAGAUGAAAGGAAACACAAUCUAUUAGAAUGGCCUACGCGCUUCCAGAUUGUAUGUGGAAUUGCUAAGGGGCUUCUCUAUCUUCAUCAUGAUUCUAGAUUGAGAAUUAUACAUCGAGAUCUCAAAGCUAGUAAUAUUUUACUUGAUGAGGACAUGAAUCCCAAAAUUUCAGACUUUGGCUUGGCUAGAUCUUUUGGUGGAGACCAAAUAGAAGGAAACACAAACAAAAUUGUUGGAACUUAUGGUUAUUUGGCUCCAGAAUAUGCUUCUAAUGGCUUAUUCUCAACAAAAUCUGACGUAUUUAGUUUUGGCACAUUGAUGCUUGAAAUCGUAAGUGGAAAGAAAAGUAGAGGCUUGUACGAUGAAGAUAGCAUUCUUAACCUCACUGGAUUGGCAUGGACUUUGAUGAAAGAAGGCAACGCAUUUAUGUUUAUUGAUAAGUGCUUGUUAAGAGAUCCAAACGACAACAUGGAAGAAGCAUUGCGUUGCAUCCACAUCGGUCUCUUGUGUGUGCAACAAAAUCCUAUUGAUAGGCCUAAUAUGUCUUCUGUUAUUCUAAUGUUGAACGGUGAGAAAGUGUUGCCUCAACCCAAACCACCAGCCUAUUUCACCAACACAAAUUUGUGGGAGGGAUAUCAUUCCCCCUUUUCUAAAACACCAUCAUGCAAUACAAGCAUAACAGCUGUCGAGGCGCGAUUAUAAUUCAUACAACAAAUCAGAGUUUAUCAUGUAAAUUUUUAGAAUUUGGAUUAUUACAAUUCUAUUUAUUUCGUUCAAAACUGCAUUGAUGAUUGGUAUUAGUAAUCUACAUGUAGUAUAUAUGAAUCUAUGCCAGAAGAGAAUAAGCCAUUAUUAGGCUUAUUUCCUUGUAGUGAGGCAAGAGUAUGAUAAGAAACUUAUACAUAUUGUCAAUAUCAAAUUGUACUGUCUUAUUUUGAAGUGUUGAAAGAA